GUCGCCAUAACUUGUAAACAGUUCAGCGUCUGUCAACAAGCCAUGGGAGGGAAGUCUGCCACUAAAAAUAAGAAAAGGAAAUCUACUCCUCCAGAUAAUAAUAAAGAGGAACAGGCCCCUGAAUAUACAGUAACAAAAAUUGUUGACAGGCGCAAGAUACAUGGUAAAACUCAGUAUAAAGUUCACUGGGAUGGAUAUAACACUGAUGAGGAAACAUGGGAAAAUGAAUCUCAGCUGAACUGUGAUGAAUUAAUUGACAAAUACCUCAAAGAUGAAAUUAAAUCCAAAGAAAGUGAUUCUGAAGAUGAUGAAACCGAAGAUGUGGAGGAUAAAGUUGAGGAAGAUCAAAUAGGAAAUAAAAAUAAGAAAAAGAGAGCAAAAAGUGGAGCCAAAAAGGAAUCAUUGUCUAAAAAACAAAAACCUGAUCCUGUGAAUGGCCAAGAUGAAUAUGAAGUAGAAAAAAUCAUCGAAAUGCACACUUUACGGAAUGGAAAACACGAAUUCCUCGUUCGUUGGCAUGGUUUUGGUAAAGAAGGAGAUACUUGGGAGCCUGAAGAGAACCUGAAAGGAACAGACAUUCUUACUAAAUUUUUAGAUAAAGUUAAAAAAGCUAAAGAUGUACCACAGAAAGAACUUCGUGUCCAUAGGGCACAUACUGAUAGGUACACAGCCAUGCCCCAAGGUGAAAAACGACGACAGAGUAAGAGAAAUGCUAACAGGCAGAGAGUGAAAUAUUAUGAUGCUGAAUAAGGUCAAGAGAUAACUUUAGCCAUAAUCAUCAUGGUUUAUUUUUUCACUCUUGCUUUGUUAGAAUUUAAAAAAAAUUCCUAUAUAAUUUUAUUUAUUAUUUAAUUGCAAUACAUGUUUUAUAUAAAUUUUUAUGUUGAAACAUAAUUGACCAAGUCAUUAGUUUCAGUGAAGUUUAAGUUUUGUAUUGUGUGAAGAAUUAGGAUUUAAUAUUGUUUCUAUAUUAUGUUUUCCCCCAUAAUUUUGACUUUUUUUAGUACCUACCAAAGCAUUCAUUUGUUAGAUAAAUGAAUAAGCUAGGAGGAGAUGGCUUGGUCAAUUUGGUGUAGUGCAUAUAUUUUUAUAAGAUCAGAGGUUUUUAUUUUUCUGUUUUUAUUUUUAAAAAUAUGCUUUUAUUAAUAGUUUAUUUAAAUGUUGGAUCAGAAACUAGUUUAUCUUUAAAAUUUUUAAUAGCCA